AUGGCUUUCACGGGCGGUUUCUCGUAUCCCAAUGCACUUGCUUUGAGUGCUUCGCUCCUCCUGUCCUAUAUUCUUGCUACGGCAGUGUAUAGACUUUACUUCCAUCCUUUGGCAAAGUUUCCGGGCCCUUUCUGGGCCAAGCUGACGACUUUUCCGGCUUGGUGGCAUUCGAAAAAUCAGGACAGACAUCUAUGGCUUCUCAGUCUGCAAGAACAUUAUGGGCCUGAGUUCCGAUACACACCUAACAGUGUCUGCUUGAACACUCCAACAGCGUACAGACACAUCUUCGGUCCGAAGGGCAAUGUCAAAAAGAGCGAGUACUACGAAGUCUGGCCGAAGACUGUUGACCACAUUAACACGUGGAGCGCAACGUCAAUCCCAGCCCACGCCAGAAAGCGUCGUGUGAUCAAUCACGCGUUCUCUGAAAGUGCGCUGAGAGGCGCUGAAGUCUUUGUCCACAGCAAUGUGGAUCGCUGGCUAGAGCUACUCGGUCAACAGAAAGAGAACGGCGAUGAGUGGACGAAGUCGAUCGAUAUGGCCGACCAAGUCACGUAUCUGGUGUUCGAUAUUCUCGGAGAUCUGUGUUUCGGAAAAUGCUUCGAUAUGAAAGAGCCGGAUAGUAAGCUGCGACACGUACCUGAGCUCAUGAUUGGCUUUAUGGAGCUCGUACAUCCGAUCGCUUGCUCUCCAAUAAGUUCGUUAUAUGUCUGGCUGAAGCCAAGAGGUUUGGAUCGACUUCUCGCAGCCGCGACUCCGCCUGCCAUCAAGAAGUGGUCAGAAUUCGUGGACGACUGCCUCGCAAAGCGAACGAGCAAGCAGAGAGAGCUCGAAGAGAAGCCCAAGCCAGAAGCAGAGGUCCGGAAAGACUUCUUCCAUUGGCUGUUCAACGCAAAAGACCCCGAAACCGGAACAGGCUACUCACUGCCAGAGCUGUACGCUGAGUGCGAGCUCCUGACCAUCGCCGGAAGCGAUACAACUGCUAUCGUCAUCUCAGCGGCGUACUUCUACCUCUCGCGCAGCCCGGAAGUCCAGGAGAAGCUGGCUCGCGAGAUCUUGUCAACCUUCACAAGUUACGACGAGAUCAAAGCCGGGCCCAAGCUCCAGUCUUGCAAGUACCUCACCGCCUUCCUGCACGAAGCCAUGCGCAUGUCGCCCCCAGUCCCCGCUGAGCCAAGUCGCGAAGUUCUCGAGGGCGGAACGACAGUCAACGGCCACUACUUCCCCCAAGGAUUACUCGUCAGCACCGCAUUCUGGGCGAUGCACUACAACAAAGACUACUACCCAGAGCCACUGCACUUCCGUCCUGAACGUUGGAUCGUAGGCGAAGCAGGGUCAACAGCAGAGAGCGUUGCGCUGGCCGAAAGCGCGUUCUGCGCCUUUUCAUCCGGCUCCCGUGGGUGUGUAGGCAAGAAUAUGGCGUGGCUGGAGAUGAGGGUCGUGAUAGCCAAGACGUUUUGGAGGUACGAGAUCGAGCAGGAUCCAGUGAACAAGCUUGGAGGCGGGAGUGCUGAUGCGAGACGGGGUCGUCAUGAGGAGGGGCAGUACCAGACGUAUGAGAUGUUCGUGAGCAACAGGAAGGGGCCGAUGGUGCGGCUGAAGGAGCGUGUACAUUGA